AUGGCGCGGCUCCCCCACCUUGCAGCAUGCUUCGCCUUGGUGGCAUUGACAUUAUGUUCUCUGGCCAAGUUUACCGCUCCAAGGCUGGGCUUUCAGGAAAUACUACCAAGAGUGGGUACCGCCUCAGGAGAGAGCCAUUUCAUUGACAUCCCUCUCGAUCACUUCUCCAACUCGACUCAAACGUUCAAAAAUCGAUUCUGGGUCAACGACACCUAUUUUGAGCCCGGAGGGCCUGUAUUUCUGUUUGACUCCGGGGAACAGGAUGCUGCGCCGCUCCAUCCGUAUUACCUUCAGGAAUACCAUGGGCUCUCUGCCGUUAUACGGCUCGCGAAACGGUACAAAGGUCUCGCAAUCCUGUGGGAGCACCGCUUCUACGGGGAUUCCCUACCUUUCCCAGUAAACAGAAAUACAACCGCAGACCAAUGGAAAUUUCUGAACACGGAACAAGCUCUUGAAGACGUGAUCUUCUUCGCCAACUCCUUCGGCGGUAGCAGUUCGCACCGGAACGAUCCCUCCGCCGGACCGCUCGCGCUCCCCGUCCAUCCCUCGACGACGCCAUGGGUGUUCCUUGGCGGGUCGUACCCCGGCAUCCGCGCUGCUUUCCUGCGAAUACGCAACCCUGAGACGAUCUUCGCGUCAUGGGCAUCGUCAGCCCCGGUUCACGCGCAAGUCGAUAUGGCCAGCUACUACAUGGCCGCGGAGCGGAGUCUGACAAGGAACUGCUCAGCGGAUUGGGUGGCGGUUACAAAAUAUGUCGACGGCGCACUGAAGGGUAAUGACCAGAGAUUGAAAGACACAAUAAGGCAGGGCCUCUUGAGCGCAAGGCAAAGCGGUCCAGCAGGAAGGAGUGCCUCCAAAUCACUUGAGGGUAUCACCCAGAUCAGUGACCUCAGCGCAGCGUCCAUCUUGAUGGAUCCCCUCGAUUUCUAUCAGUACUACGGAUUCGCCGCAACGCUGCUUCCCUUUUGCAACCUACUCGAAACAAGGAACUACACCACCGAUCCUCUCGAAGGGGGCCUAGCUUCCCGGUUCGGCGUCGAAACUGCCUUCCGGGCAUUCUUGGUGGCAAUUACCCAACUUGAUUACGAUUCCAUCCCCAGGGGUGCGGACGAUCCUGUCACAGAUCGCUCGUGGAUGUGGCAGUAUUGCUCUGAAUACGGGUUCUACCAAAGAGGGGACACCACGAAUCCUCUGUCUAUUCAGACGUCUCUGCAAUCCUUGGGCUUAUUCCAAGAGCAGUGCAAUUCGGCGUUCCCUCAAGGUCUCCCGGCGUCCCCACAGGUGGAAAAUGUGAACAAGUACGGCGGAUGGGAUAUGAACCCAUCCAACGUACUUUUCACAAACGGUGAAUUCGACCCCUGGAGGACCCAGGGGCUUGCAUCUAUCGAAGUCAACUCCCCCCACCGAACGCCUUCCGUAGCCAUCCCCAAAUGCAACAUCGCACCGCCAAACUCGUCCUUCUUCGGUCUGACAUACGCGAAUAUGGUACACGUCUCCGAUAUGAGAGUUCUGCUCACUCCCGACGCCAAUCACACCAACUUCCAGACGGUUGGCUUCUACAGCCCGAUAUCGCAAGAGCAGUUCUUUACAGGCUUAGGCCUCUUCCAGCUCGCUUUGGAUGAGUGGUUACCGUGUUUCACUCCGCGGCAAACGUAG